AUGGUUGAGACGGCGCCCGCCAUAUCAGCAACAGGCUACGUGACACCAUUUUCAUCGGUCGCGUUCCCCAUCAGGUUGGCACCAGGUAUCAAAGGAUCAGCCCGACAAAGGGAUCAAUCCCUCUUCCUUGCCAAAGGAAUAAACUCCCCUUCCUUUGAGGAACCGACCCAGGCUCCGUCACUGGUGUCAUUCUCGGAAUGA